GUUGCAGCCCCAGUAACACAACAUGACCAGAGUCUUGUUGGUGCUGCUGUUGUCAGCGAUCCUGGACCAGGGUGUGCCAUCAUGUCCUGCCUCCUGUGUUGUCUGUUCUGACAGAGCUCUGAUCUGCCACAGACUGACUGAGAUUAUUGAUGCUCCAGACACGAUUGAAGCACUGCUUCUGACAGAAGGUUCGAUCUCAAAUGUCCAGUCGUCGUCCCUGUCUGACCUGAACAGCGUCACCCUGAUUGGUCUGAGUCAUAACCACAUCUCAGUGCUGGGAGAAGAAUCCUUCAGUAACCUGACAUCCCUACACACCUUGCUGCUGGAUCACAAUCUGCUCAGCAGCGAGACCCUACAGCGUGGAGUCCUGAUGAACCUGGCUCAUCUGGAGAUCCUCGCUCUGGGCAACAACCGCAUAAACAUGAUAGAAGCAGACUUUCUCAAAGGUACAGAGACACUCCGUACCUUGAAGCUGGAGGGGAACCUGCUGACAAGCUUGGACUCUCAAUCCUUCCCUUAUCAUGGCUUGAGGUACCUGGAGGACCUCGAUCUGUCAGAUAACUUGAUAAACAGCAUCAGUAAAAACAGUUUUCAUGGACUGUUGGGACUACGCCUCCUGGAUCUCUCCAGAAACCGUCUCGCCUCAGCUCCUGCUGAGUCCUUCUCCUACCUUAGCGGGCUAACUCACCUCAACCUUGAGUUUAACUCAUGGAACUGUACAUGUCACCUGCUGGAACUAGCAGACUUCCUGUCUACCUUCAUACAACAGCCCAACAAGACCCUUCACAACGGACGGAAGUUGGCGUGCGUCAGUGCGGACAACCCUGCUCUCACUACGGUUCUUCAGCUGACAGAAGCCAACUGUGUGCCCCCGAAUCAGAACAUCACCGUCCGGAUAGAGAGCAGAAGCAGUGUGACACCCCAGCUGUACGCUCGAGAUGUAGCCAUUGCUGCUGUCAUCUGCUUUAUUGGUGGGGUCAGUGUGACUCUUCUGGUGGUUCUGAUCUGGUAUCGAGCAUCUCGUCGUCGAAAGCUGAAAGAAGCAAGACAGAGAGAGAAAGACGAAGAGGAGUCUGGCCGUAGCAGAAACCACUGGGAGGCUGAAAACAGGACGGACAACUUGAAUCCCAUGGCCAGCGAAGCCCUGAGUCCAGAAGCUCGGAUCAAAGGACAAUACUGGAUCAGGGAGGAUGACAAGAACCUCUCCAGAUGCUCUAACUGCAGAGGUGAAGGAUCAAGAAUGAACCUGUCAGAGAGCAGAAGGAGUAAUGGAAUAGAGGGCAAGCAUGAUCCAGAAGGAAGAAGAGUGAUGAGAGAAGAAGGGAGAAGGAGGCUGGAUGCUCCUCAUCAUGUCUAUUCUCACGGCCUUGUGUCUUCUUACCCAGCACCGUAUAGCACUGCUGUUUUUCAGAGAAACGAGAUGGUUUACAGAGCUGACAUGCUUCAAUGUGAGAGCUGCCACCAAACCUACAGGCCACCAGAGGGCGACAGACCAGGCUUCCAUGCUCCUCCCAGACUGAACGGCAACAACCAGGACUCAAGAAGAUAUGUGUCAUUUGACCUGGGGAGUCUGAAGAUGCUGGAAAAGGAACCUAAGUAUUCAGCAAGAGGCAGCGGGAAAUCAAAGACAUCUGGAGAAAGUGAGAGGGACAUAGAAACCAAGAGCAAAUCCCACUCUGGCCGAUCCUUGAAGGUCAAACUCAACCUGAGUCCACUCCGAAAAACUAGAGUCCAUCCCAAGAAGAAGUCUGAGCUCUCGGACAAAUCGAAUAAAAGCCCCAAGAAGAGCAAAGGUUCAAAAGAAAGAGCGAAGACAGAAGCUGACCGCAAGAAGGUGAAGAGGAGCAGCAGCAAAGAGAAGCCCAAAUCAGUGAAGACGCCGUCCGACAGAGAUGAAGCAGAGGAGUCAAGACCUGUGGCGGCACAAGUUUCUCCCCAAACUCAGACUCAGGUCAGAGCAGAGUCCAUCAUGGAUCAAGCUCCGGUCAGUCAGAACCAAGGUGUUGGCUUGGCUCUUGGUAACUGGCCACAGCAUUCCUUGGGCCGGACAACCAGCCUUUCCCUGCUGAGGACGGAAAAUCAUAUCUCUCUUCCUGGGGGGAAUGCUGUACUCCAAAACAUGGCUACCCGUGGACCACAGCCAGGGGGUACUACGGACUUGGCAGUUUCUAGUCUGGUGCCAGGUGCUCCUACAAGUAGUGCCGUGCCUAGCUUGUUAUCAGGUGGUCAGACCAAUGCUCUGCUCCCAAGCCCAACUAAUCCUCUUUUAUCUAGUGUGCUGUUAGGCGGACUGAAUAACAUGACUCAACCCAGUGGGUCACUUGGUGGUCCAACUGCUGCUUUUGUUUCUAGCCCUACCAACCCUGCUCCAGGUAGUCUGUUGCCCGGUGGUCCAACCAGUCCACAUGUACCAGUCCCAACAAGUGUUCCAGGAAGUCAAGCCAACAUUGUGUCUACUUCUCAGACGGCAGGGAGCUCCCCAAACUCAGCAGCAAAAACACCUGCCACACAAAUACAAACUGUGUCCCAAAGCCCUCUGUCGCCGGACGGUUCUGCUCUCGUUCUAAAGCAUGAACAGACCCACGGACAAGGUCUUCCAGCUGAGGUGGGACCUCAUGAAGGUAGUGUUGAGCCACCAGCCUCACAGGAGCAGGAACUUUCAGGUGCUCCUGCUGUCCAAGAGUCAAUCGAUCAAGACGGCAACACAGCUUUGAUGGUGACUGCGGUAACAGGUGGGGUCGUGGGAACUGAUGUUUCCACCACUGGGGUGUCUGAGGUGGACAUAAGACCACAGGGCAAGGCUGUGGAUCCGGCCCUGCUACAGCAAGAGUAUCUCUCGGAAGACGGAGGCUCAUCUCCCAGGAGAAAACUCAGACUGGUUCUGCCAGAGAAGACGUCCGCUCGUCCUCCCACCGCCCUGGAAAGGAAGAUUCGCUAGCUCUUCCCGGAGACCUUUUUCAACUUUAGCGUAUUUUGUACGCGCUGUCUCAUGGUAUUGUUGCUGCUGUCUAUUGUUCACAUAACCUGUGCUGCUCAUCUAAAACCCUUGUAGUUGACUAUCUCCACUUGUAUCGAAAUAAGGGCUCAAACUGAAGCAUCAGAGGGAGUCGGCCACCACUUGAAGCUUCAGUGUCUCCGUGGGAUUGAGUUUCCAGUUCGGCUGAUGCACAGCUGUUACUGGUGUGUUUGGUGUCACACGACUGACCUCUAAACACACACUACAGGGAAUUGGGUUACUACAGAUGAAAGCUGCAGCUUCUCAACCCCUGCUCACCACGGCAGGUGUGGCACCUCCACUCUGGCCAGCUGUAGUUUCAACACAGAUGACUAAGUUUGGUGAACCUUGAUCAACAAUACAAUACAAGUUUUCCCCUAUAAUCCGUCUGGGUAUGGAUUAAAUAUACACCUUUUCCCUUUACAUUUAUCCUAAUGGAACUUGGACUUGCUCAAUUCACUGUCACUGACACAGUAGUUUGAUGGAACCUUUAAAGAUUUGGGAAUAUUCCCAAUCUCAGCCGAACCAGGAAUUCAGGGGAUACAUGGACGUCUAUGUUACAAAGUCCAGCGCCUGAACUUCCAAAUAAGGCUUUUAAAAUG